GAAUAAAUUUGUUUUGGUUUUCAUUCUGCACUUUCGCUCUUGCGCUGGAGGUCUUGUACUUCGAUCUGCUGCCAGUAUACGUUUCGAGAAAAGCUAGGAAAGCAGUGGAAACCGUGGUGAACCAUGAAGAUUCCUCAAAAUGUGUUCAGAAGUGGAGUCCUUAGCCACUGUUCACAACGUCAAAAGUGCCUACGCAGGUCUUUCUCAGAUGCCACCAGUGGUCCAGAGGUGAAACAAUCGACAGUCUACGAAGAAAACCGAAAGAAAUUUGACGAUCUCGUCGACAGAUGGUGGCACCCAGACGGCGAAUUUAGAGCUCUUGCUAGCAUGAACGCAUUGAGGGUGCCAAUGGUUCGUGAUGGCUUGCUGCAGACUAUGAAACUCCCAGAACCUGAGGGCUCUGCCUCAGGAAACACUUUUAGGCCUCUGGAAGGAUUUCGCAUCUUGGAUGUCGGAUGCGGUGGUGGUUUACUCUCAGAGCCCCUAGCAAGACUUGGAGCACGUGUCACAGGCAUAGAUCCGACUCCGGGCAGCAUCGACGCUGCCAGAAAGCAUGCGGAUCUCGACCCAGACAUCAGGGACUGCGUCCAGUAUGAAGCUGUGGAAAUUGAGAAGCUUAUGGGCCGACCCGACAAAUUUGAUGCUGUAGUGGCGAGCGAAGUCAUUGAACAUGUGCAGAACUUUUCGCACUUUGUCAAGUCGUGCGUGGAUCUUACAAAGGAUGGUGGGUCCCUGUUCUUUACAACCAUCAACAGGACAGCCCUGUCCCUCAUUUUCGCAAAGGUGGCAGCUGAGUACAUAUUGAGGAUAGUUCCUGCUGGUCUUCACGACUGGAACAUGUUCCUUCCGCCUCAGCAACUACAAGAAGCAUUAGAGUCUAAUGGUUGUUUUGUGAGGCUGAUCCAUGGCACAUUCUACAACCCUUUGACCAAUUCCUGGAGCUGGGUGAAAAAUUCAAGCAUCACGUAUGCCCUCCACGCGAUCAAACACACUGGUUGAAGUUUGUAUUGAAGGUUAAAGCUGUUGUGUUAGGUUUUUCUCAUGCACAAUGUCAUGGCAUCAUCCUCUCUCACAGCUCUCAUAGAGGGCAGAAAAAGCCAGUUCCAAAAUGCAUAAUCGGAAAGCAAUGCUUCGGAAGCGAAAAUGUUCAUACUAUUUGAAUACUUCCACCCUCUGUUUCUGUUCAGUAUCUUGCAAAUGUUAUAAUUGUUGGUAAGUACUGUACUCUGGCUGAAAUUCUUUGUGGCACAUUGAAUUUUUGUCAAUAAAUAUCUUUUACCAAAGACGUA